AUCAUGAACUUCACGUCCCUCUUACUUACUUUCCUCUCCCUCUUCGCAUGGGUAUUCGCAAGCCCUGUCAACCUGGACAAGCGAGAUGUCUUCAUCCCUCCUAUUCUGUAUCCACACUCUGGUACCGUGUGGACAAUUAAACAGCGUCACAAUGUUACCUGGGAUACCUCCAAUGCUCCUGUGAAUAUCAUAAACCCCAUAGGUUACAUAUUACUAAGAAAGGCAAACAGACCUACUCCUGUGAUCCUUGCCGAAGGGUUUGAUAUUCUACUCGGUCGAAUCGAAGUAACGGUACCUUGGGUUAUUCGAGGAGAUGACUAUUCUCUACUUUUGUAUGGCGAUUCCGGAAAUUGGAGCGAUAACUUUACGAUCACCGGGGCGCUCUUCUAA